CGGGGCUUCGGCCGGUCAGACCUUCGCCCCCGCUCCGCCAGGGCCAGGGCGGGCCAAUGACUGUCGAGAUCUGGAGCACGUGAUGGGGGCGGGCCCUUCGCCGGAAGGGCGGGCUGAGGCGAGCGGCCCGUAGCGCGAUAUGGAUCAGAAACUUUCAGAGUUGGUAGAAGAGCUCACAACUUCAGGAGAGCCCCAAGUGAACCCCGAGAAAAUGAAGGAACUGAAGAAAAUUUGCAAGUCUUCAGAGGAGCAGCUUGGCCACACCUACCACCUGCUGAUGACCCAGCUAAGCCAGGAGCAUGCGGAGAUCCGCCUCUCCGCCUUCCAGGUCCUGGACCAGCUCUUCGCCAGGUCUCACCAGUUCAGGACGCUGGUUGUUUCCAACUUCCAGGAGUUCUUGGAGCUCACGCUGGGCACCGACCAUGAGCGGCCCCUGCCACCCCCCAGGGAGGUGGCACAGAGACUGAGGCAGGCGGCCACCCGGGCCAUCCGUGGCUGGAACGAGAAGUACGGCGCAGCCUAUAAGAAGCUGGCCCUAGGCUUCCACUUCCUAAAGCACAGCAAACAGGUAGAUUUCCAAGACUCGGAUGCUCGCACUCUGGCAGAAAGAAAACGAGCAGAAGAGAAACAGAAGCGCUUGGACAGAAUCUACAAGGAAAGGUCUGAGUGGGCAGCGAGGGAGAUGGAAGAGAUGUCCGCGGAGAUCCGGGGCUGCCUCACCGAGCUAGAGAGCUGCUUCCGACUGCUGCUGCCCUUCGACCUCGACCUGGUCCCCGGGGCCGCUGGGUGCCCCGUGCCUGAGGAAGGCGACAGGGACGAGGAGCAGCCCUGCUGCAGCAAGAGCCUGCCCGCCUGCACACGCAGCCCAGGAGCCGUGGGCACGGGAGGGCCGCCCCCGGAGGACGGGGACGGCGACCAGGAUGGGUUCGUGCGGCAGCACGGGCUGGGCUCCCGCCAGUACACGCUGGCCGUGGACCUUUCCCCAGACAGCCUGAGGGUGCGUGAGAACGAGGACAACUCGGCCGUCAUCCGUGCAGCGCAGGAUGCGCUCAGGCUCAUCCAGAACAAGCUCCUGCCGGCUGCAUGCUCCUGGGUCCAGCUGUUCACUCGUGCGGGGACUCAUGGCGGGCACUUGGAGGGCGCCAUCCACCUGAAGGCCAAGCUGGAAACUGCCUUGAAGAGGUCCCGGGAGCUGGACAUCGCACCCGAGGAGGGCCGCAGGGGGGAGACAGCAGGCCCCGAAGAUGAGGACGAGGAUGAGGACGACUUCCUGGAGGUCCCGGAGAAGGAGGGCUACGAGGCCUGUGUCCCCGAGCACCUGCAGCCUGAGUGCGGGCUGGAGGAAGGUCUGGCCGCACCAGGCUCGCAAGCGAGGAAGAAGCCUGGGAUGGACACGGACGCCUGUGACCCCACCUCUGCGGCCGCCCAGCGGCAUCGGCUCCGGCCCCACGGGCCCCCAGCCUCGCCCCCAAGCCCCAGGGCUCUGCUGGCGCCCGAGCAGGCUGCGCGGCGGGCGGCAGAGCAGGCCCGAGCGCCUGUUGUCCCCUUUGGGGUGGACCUGUGCUACUGGGGCCAGGAGGAGCUGAUGGCCGGCAAGGUCCUCAAGUGUGACUCGGAGCACCGGUUCUGGAAGCCCUGCGAAGUGGAUGCCGAGGUGGACAGCGCCGGCGUCUCCGAGGCCCUGAGGAGCCGCUGCUUCCCCUUCGCGGGGCGGUUUGAGCCCGUGCAGCACCGCUGCCGCGCCCCGCGGCCUGACGGCAAGCUCUGUGCACGCCAGGACCGCCUGAAGUGCCCUUUUCACGGGAAGAUCAUCCCGAGAGACGACGCGGGCCAGCCCCUCCACGCAGAGGACAGGGCACGGGAGCAGCGGCAGCAGCUGCAGAGGCCAGCGGGGCGCCCAGACUGGCAGGACCCCGAAUUCCUGAGGGACGUGGAGGCGGCCACCGGGGUGAAUCUGGGCUCGUCCAGGCCUGGCGGGAAAGGCAAGGGCAAGCGGCGGAAGCACCCGGGCCUCACCGACCUCAAGCGGCAGGCUGACACGGCCCGCGCACGCAUUGCCAAGAAAGUGUUCGCCAAGGCAGCUGUGCAGAGGGUGGUCACCGCCAUGAACCAGAUGGACCAGAAGAAGCAUGAGAAGUUUGCAAACCAGUUUAACUACGCCCUAAAUUAGGGCCAACCCCAUUCAUGGUCCCCUGUGGUCGUCAGCGCCUCCUCUCUGGGUGCGGGCGAUAACAGCAGUCAUCAUCCAGUGUGUUUAAUGCGAGGACUUGGCACACACUCUAAUCUAAAUGUCCCAGAGGCGUGGACGUUCCUGCUGCGGGGACCUCGGCCAGCACUUAUGGGCCGCCUGCCUGGUCGCCUGGGGUGAACCGGGCAGCCUGGCUCCCUGGGGGCAUCUUGUACGGCCUGUGCGCUUUGUGACGUGGUUCAGGGUUGCUCAACGUCCAGGAUGAAUGCAGCCCUGCCCUGCCCCCAGCUUUCUCCCCUUCUCCUCUGGGUCUGCCUGCGGGACGUUUCCUGUGCCUGGAGUCACAGCCCCACACGGCCCUGGGUGUGGCUGCCUUCGUGGCAGUGUCCUCAAGGCCGUCCCCUCUGGUGCUGUCAGCGCAUUGUCCUCUUAGGUUCAGAUGACGCUCCGCUGUGUGACAAGACCACGCUUACCUGUUCAUCAUGGACAUGUGGGUGGUUUGCACUUUGGGAUUAUUACAGAUACUGUUAAUGACCGUUUGUGUGCAAGUUUUUGCAUGGGCGUAUAUUUUCAUUCCUUUUGGGUUUAUGCCUAAAAAUGAAAUGGAUGGGUUGUAUAGUAACUGUGUAUAACUUUACUGAUGAAUUGCUGAAAUGUUUUCCAAAGCAGCUGCACCAUUUACAUCCCUACCAGUGCAUCUGGGUGCUCAUUUCUCCAUGUUCUUGCCACACUUGUUAUCAUCAGUCCUUUUAAUUUUAGCCAUCUUAGUAGGUGUGAAGUGGCAUCUCAUUGUGGUUUUGACUUGCAUUUUCCUAAUGAUGAAUGAUGGUGAACAUCUUGUUGUUCAGUCGCUAAGUCUUGCCCAACUCUGUGACCCCAGGGACUGCAUUAUGCCAGGCCUCCCUGUCCGUCACCAGCUCCUGGAGUUUGCUCAGACUUAUGUCCAUUGAGUCAUGAUGCCAUCCAACCACCUAUGUUGAACAUCUUUUCAUGUGCUUGUUGGUCAUUGUUUAUCUUCUUUGGAGAAACAUCUAGAUCCUUUGCCCAUUUUCAGUUGAGUUGCUGUUUUGAGUUGUAAGAGUUCUUUGUAUAUUCUGGAUACUAGACCCUUAUGGGAUUUAUGAUUAUUUUCCCCCAUUCUACGUUUUCAUUUUCUUACAGUGUUCUCUGAAACACAAAAACUGUAAAUUUUGAUAUCCUAUAUGUCUGUUAUUCAUUUUGUCACUUGUGCUUUUCACAUCAUAGUUAAGCAGCGGUUGCUUAAUCACAAGUCAUGAAUGUAAUUCAUGUUUUCUUCUAGGAGUUUUAUGAUCUUGCUCUUAAACUUAGGUCUUUGGUGUGGAUCAACCAUUUUGAGUUAAUUUCUGUCUGUGCAUCAUUUGUGUGGAUAUCUGGUUGUCUCAGCAUUAUUUAUCGAAAAAAUUUUUCUUUCUCCCAUUGAAUUGUCUUGGCACCUUUAUUGACUGUAAGUUGGCACUAAAUGUCUGAAUUCAUUUCUGGAGUCUCACUUCUGUUCCCUGACCUUGUGCUGCUACUACACAGUCUUGACUGAUGCAGCCUUGUGGGAAGUUUUGAAAGCCUCCGACUUUGUUCUUUUUAAACAUUGUUUUGGCCGUUCUGGGUCUUUUAGAUUUCCAAAUAAAUUUUAGGAUGAUCUUGUCAAUUUCUGCCAAAAAAUAAAAAGGUGUCUGAGAUUUUACGGAUUGUGUUGACUUUUAUGCGAGGAUUUUUUUCAACAGUAAAUACUUUGGGGUCCCACAUGAACUGUGGUUGGGUGAAUCCUCGGAGGCAGAACCACAGAUGCAGGGCAGGUAGUACCCCCAACCCCUUUGAUGUUGAGGUCAAACAUAAUGUCGUCUUAAAUUUUAAACUUAGUGAACUUACAGCAUCUUUCCAUAUACUUAGGUUUUCUUUGUAUUUUCACGGUUUUGUAGUUUUUCGUAUACCAGGUGUCGUUUGUUAAAUUUAUUCUUAAAUGUUUUAUUCUGUGUGAUGCCAUUGUAAAUGUGGUUCUCUGAAUUUCGUUUUGGGAUUGUUCACUACUAAUACCUAGAUAUUACACCUGAUUGUUUUACAUUGAUCGUAUAUCCUGAAAGCGCUCAGCUCACUUACUAGUUCUAAGGCUGUGUAUGCGUGUGUAGAUUCCUUAGGAUUUUUUGUACAUACUGUCAAGUCAUCUGCAAGAGAAAGUUGUGUUUCUUCCUUUGCAGUUUGGAUUCCUUUUAUCUCUUUGUCUUGUCUAGUUGCUCUGGCUGGAGCCUCAGAGCAGAGCCAGAGAGAACUGGAGAGAAGAGACCUCUUCUCGUGCCUGAUCUGAGAGGAAGAGCUCUCGGUCUUUUCCCACAGAGUGUGACGGUAUCUGGGCUUUUUGUAGUUGCCGCGUAGCAGGUUGAGGAUGUUCCCUUAUGUUCCUAGUUUGUUGAGUGUUUUGUCAUGAAGGGAGUUGAAUUUUUGUCAAAUGCACGUUCUGUGUCUGUUGAAAUGACUGUGUGGUUUCUACCCUUUAUUUUGUUGGUACGGUGCAUCACAUUAGCUGCUUCUCAUGUGUUGAACCACCCUUGCAUUCAUGGGAUAAAUCCCACAUGGUCAGUUCAGUCGUUUGUAUAUUUCUAGAAAUCUGUCCAUCUUAUCUAGGUUAUACAUACAGUUCAUAGUAUUCCUUUAUAAUCAUUUGUUUCCAUAAGGUUGAUAGACUAGCGAUCUGUUCAAGAAAACUGGAAAUAGCAAAGGAACAUUUCAGCCAAAGAUGGGCACAAAAAAGGACAGAAACAGUAAAGACCUAAUAGAAGCAGAAGAGAUGGAAAGAAUACACAGAACUGUACUAAAAAAGGUCUUAAUGAUGCGGAUAACCACGAUGGAGUGCUCACUCACCCAGAGCCAGACAUUCUGCGCUGUGAAGUCACGCGGGCCUUAGGAAGCACUGCUGUCAGCAAAGCUAGGGGCGGUGAUGGGGUUCCAGCAGAGCUGUUUAAAAUCCCAAAAGAUGACGCUGUCACAGCGCUCCCUCAGCACGUCCGCAAACUUGAAAACCCAGCAGUGGCCACAGGACUGGGAAAGGUCAGUCCGCAUCCCAUUUCCUAGGAAGGGCUGUGCUAAACAAUGUUCAAACCACCAGACAGUCGCUCUCAUCUCCCAUGCUAAUAAGCUAAUGCUCAAAUUCUUCAUGCUAGGCUUCAGCAUUACAUGAACUGAGAACUUCAGAUGUCCAAGCUGGGUUUAGAAAAGGCAGAGGAACCAGAGUUCAAAUUGCCAACAUUUGCUGGAUCAUACAGAAAUUAAAGGAAUUCCAAAAAGAAAAAUAUACCUCUGUUUCAUUGAUUACGCCAAAACGACAAAGUGGAUCAUAACAACUGUGAAAAACUCUUAAAAGAGAUGAGAAUACCAGACUAUCUUACCUGUCUCCUGAGAAACCCGUAUGCCAGUCAAGAAGCUGUUGUUUAGAACCGUGUAUGGAACAACAGACUGGUUCAGGAUUGAGAAAGGAGUGGACAGGGCUGUUUAUUUUCACCCUGCUUAACUUAUAUGCAGAGCACACCAUGAGAAAUGCCGACCGGAUGCAGCACAAGCUGGAAUCAAGACUGCUGGGAAGAAUAUCAACAACCUCGGAUAUGCAGAUGAUACCACUCAAAUGGCAGAAAGCAAAGAGGAACUAAAGAACCUCUUGAAGGAGGAGAGUGAAAAAGCCAGCUUAAAACUGAACAUUAAGAAAACUAUGAUCAUGGCCUCCGGUCCCAUCACUUCAUGGCAAAUAGAAGGGGAAAAGGGGAAGCAAUGACAAACUUCUUCUUGGGCUCUCAGAUCACUGCAGGCAUGAAAUUAGAAGAUGAUUGCUUCUUGGUGUGAAAGCUGUGACAAACCUAGAUGAUGUGUUAAAAAGCAAAGGCGUCACUUUGCCGACAAAGAUUCAAAUAGUCAAGGCUGUGGUCAGGCUAUGGUCUUUCCAGUAGUCAUAGACGAUUGUGAGCUGAACUAUAAAGAAGGCAAAGCACUGGAGAAUUGGUGGUCUUGAACUGUGGUGCUGGAGAAGACUCUUGAGAGUCCCUUGGACAUCAAGGAGAUCAAACCAGUCAAUCUUGAAAUCAACCGUGAAUACUCAUUGGAAGGACUGAUGCUGAAGCUCCAAUACUUUGGCCACUUGAUGGAGAGGGCUGACUCAUUGGAAAAGACCCUGAUGCUGGGAAAGAUUGAGGGCAGGAGGAGAAGGGGACGACAGGAUGAGAUGGUUGGAUGGCAUCACCGGCUCAAUGGACAUGAACUUGGGCAAACUCCAGGAGAUGGUGAGGGACAGGGAAGCGUGGGUGCUGCCAAGUCCAUGAGGUCGCCCAGAGUUGGACACGACUCGGAGACGAAACAACAAAAGCAAGGGUGACAGCACUGUCGCUUCUGUGGUUCCUGAUUUUAGAAAUGUGAGUCUCCUUCUGUUUUCUUGGUUAGUCUAGCUAAAGAAUUAGUCAGUUUUAUUGAUCUAUUCGAAGUUGUCCUCCAUUAUUUUUCAUUUUUUGCUUGGUUAAUCUCCACUCUCACCUUUAUUUCCUUGGGUUUUUUGCAUUUAUAAUUUUUCAGUUUUGUCAUACUUUCUUCAGUGGAAGUUUAGCUUAUUGUUUUGAGGUCUCCUUUUUAAUGUAGAUGUUUAUGGGUAUAAAUUUUCAUCUAAGCACUGAUUUAGCUUCAUCCUAUACAUUUUAGCAUAUUGUGUAUUUAUAUUUAUUUAUUCUUAUUUUCUAACUUCUCUUGUGAUUUCUUCUUUUACCCAUUUUUAUUUAGGAGUUUGUUGCUUAAUCUCCACAUGCUUGUGAAUUUCCCACUUCCUCCUGUUCCUUGAUUUCUGAUUUCAUCGAGCACGUCCUGUGUGCUUUCAUUCUUCAGGAUUUGAGGCUUGUGGUCUGUCCUGGAGAGUCUUAUGUGCAGCCCAGUGUUCGGCGGGUGGUGGGCGUCCUGUGGAAUCUGUAGGUCUGGUUGGCGUCUGGUGCUGCUCAGGUUUCUUUUCCUGUUGAUCUUUACCCCAGCUGUUAAAUUCAUUAUUGAAAGUGGGGUGUUGAAAUCUCCAACUAUUAAAGCUACGUUUCUCCCUUUUCUGUCAGUUUUGCUUCAUGUACUUUAGGGCUUUGUUGUUAAGUGCAUGUAUGUUUCUAUUUGGUGUUUCUUCCUGAGGGACGGACCUUGUAUCUUAGAGCAUAGCCUUCUCUGUCUCUAGUAACGACGUUUGCCUUAAAGUCUGUCUUGUACGAUGUGAGUGUACCUUCUGUUGUUUGCAUGACACAUCCUUCUCCAGCCCUUUACUGUCAUCAUCUCUGAAUCUAAAGUCUUUCUUAUGGAUGGUAUGUAUUUGAUCAUGUUUCUUGGUCUGUUCUACCAACUCUGUUGCUUGAGUGGAACAUUUAAUCUAUUUACCUUUAAUAUAAUUACUGAUAAGGUAAGAUUUAUGUCUGCCAUUUUUCUUUUUUUUCUACAUGUCUUUUAAAACCUUUCUCCCUCUAUUACUGAUUUCUUGUGUGUUAAAUAACUGUUUAAUUCCCUUGUAAUACUUUAAUUCCCUUGUGCCUUUCAUUAUUUGUAGGUAAUUUUUUCAGUGGUUGCCUUGAGGAUUAUGAUGAACAACUUAAUACACUCUAGUUUGGAUUAAUGCUGGCUUGAUUUCAGUGGUUACAAAGCUGCUUCCUUAGAACUCUGUUUCUUUCCAGCUCCUUUCCACUGUUCUUAUCAUACAAGUUGCAUCUUACGGGUUGUCAGCCCAUCAACAUAGGUGUGUGAUUAUUGCUGUAUGUAGUCGCUCUUUAGCUCAGUAGGAAAGGAAAAGGCUCAUAGACGUGUUUACACUGUCUUAUUGGCCCUGAGGCUGCUUUCACCCGCGCCCUCUGUGUCUCCUUGAGGAUCUGAAUCUGCCAACCGUGAACUGUCUUUGUUGUUGUCUCUUUGGGGAUAUCUUCAUUUCUUCAUUUUUGAGUCGUUUUGGUGGAUAUGGAAUUCUUGGUGUAAUAGUUUUUUCUUUCAACACUUUGAAUGUGUUAUACAUAUCACAGCUUCCUAGGCUCCAGGGUUCCAGGCAAAAAGGCAGCUGUCAGUCUUUCAGAGAAAGAAGCCUCUACAUACUGAGUUGGGUUUUCCUCUGCUUUCAAGAUGCUCUGUUUUCACCGUCCUGCUGUUAACUACAGGCUGUCUAGUCAGGGGCUCAUGGUCCAUGUGCUGCUGGGGCUUUGCUGAGCUGCUUGCUUGUAGACGUGGUUUCUCUUUGAACUUGGGAGAUUUUGGCCAUUAUUUCUCCAAAGAUUCUUUCUGCCCUGCCCCUCUUUCCUCUUUGAGGACCCCCAUCAUGUGUGCACACUGGCCUCUCAGGCCUGUUUGUUUUUUUUUUCAUUCUUUUUUCUGUUUCUCAGACUGGACCUAUUGACCUAUCUUCAAGGGCCUAGAUUCUUUGUUUUGCCAACCACAGUCUGGUGUUGAGUUGCUCUAGUGAGCUUUUCAUUUUAGUGAUUGUACUUUUUCAGUCCAGAAAAAGUCUAUUUUGUUUUCUUAAUUUUUUCUUGUUAUUGAUACUCUAUUGGUAAAACAUCAUUCUUGUAAUGUAAUUCUUUAGACAUGAACAUACGGUAACUGACUUAAAGUACUUGUCUAGUAAGUUUAACAUCUGGGCUUACUGCAGAAGAGUUUCUGUUGACCACUUUCUCCCUCUGUGUGUGGGCUCUACUUUGCUGGUUCUUCUUGUGUCUCUUUUUUAAGUAAUAUGAUGUGGCAACUCUGGAAGAUCCUCCCAUCCCCCAGAUUGUUGUUUCUGUUUGUUUAGUGUGUUUCCUGGACCAGUUGUGCAAAUCUGCACCUGCUGUGCUUGGCCAUGUGAGUCCUUGUCUGGCAGCUUCCUGAUCAGCUCAUUAGGUUUCCUCAAAUGCUUUGAUCCAAUGAGUCUUGUAGUUUUGCCGACUAGCUGUGUGUGCAUGUGUGUGCAUGUGUGUGGGGUGUUUGCAUGAGGGUGCAUGCCUGUGUGCAUGGGAGUGGGGGGUGUGCGUGCAUGUGCAUGGGUGUGCAUGUGUGGGAUGUGUGUGCAUGUGCAUGAGUGCAUGCACAUGGGGUGAGUGUGCAUGAGUGCAUGUGAGUGUGCAUGGGAGUAUGGGGUGCAUUGCAUGGAUGGGUGUGCAUGUGUGGGGUGCGUGUGUGUGAGUGCAUGUGGGGGUAAUUGUGCAUGUGCAUGUAUGAGUGUAUGCAUGUGUGCAUGAGUGUGUGCACUGGGGGUGUGUGUGCAUGUGUGUGGGAGUGUGUGUGGGUGUGUUGGGCAUACCUUCAGUGUCCUACUAGCCAGAUGCUGACCCUGACUUGGUUUUCCCUUCAUGAAUGUUUUGAUCUUUGCUCCACGAGAAAGUAGCUUAUAGUUGUAGUUGAUGUUUCUCUUAGGAGUGAGAGCAAGCAGUUUCCAUAUGUUAAAGCAGUCUUGUUUAUCCUUUUCUGGGAAUUGUAUUCCAUACCAUUUGCUCAUUUUUCUGUUUAUUGGUUUCUUAUUAAACUGUGGGAACUCUUUAUUCAGUGAGAAAACAAGCUGUACAUGAUGAGUUGCAAAUACAUCCUAAUUUUAUCUUCUGAUUUUGCUUACAUUGUUUUCUGCCAUGUAGAUUUUUUAAAAUGUAGUUGAAUUUAACCAGC